UUCGCCCGCAAGCUUCAAAUCAACCACAUCCGCUCUUCAGCUUGAAGCCUGCUCGCGAACGAGUAGCGUUACUUGGCUGCGCAAUACAACGGCGGCGAAUCGUGCAAAAUGGCCAGCAAAAGAACACAGCCUCUGGUUGCCUACGACGAUGACUCGGACCAUCAUGACGAAAACGACCACGGCAGCGAUACCGACUUCCUCCCGCGUGCGAAGCGCCGACGGCUGAACCCCCGCGCUGUUGACAACAACAAUUCCCUGCCGGCCACGCGACCAACACGCGCUCAGCAGCCCGAUCCCGACCCCAGACAUAGUACCGCCCGCGAUCUCCUCUCCUCUCUCUCAGACGAGCUCCUCAUUCGCAUCCUAUCGUUCCUCUCUCUCCAACACCUCCUCGCCGUCGCCCCAGUGUCGCGCCGCUUCUACCAACUCGCCGGAGAUUCACAGCUAUGGAAGGCUCUAUACUACGCGCGCUUCGUGCUGCCGCGCGCCAUGAGGAUACCGGGGUUUCGAGACGCCGCGGCCGGCGGAGGCGGUGCCGGUCACAAGCUGCAUUACUCGGGCAGACGGACGCUGUGGGCUGAUGGGCGACGGGGUGGCGUUGUCCAGGAAAAAAAGGAGGGGGGCAAUAAGGCUGGAAUCAAGAGGAGGAGAGACGAGCAAAGUAUUUUCGACAACAGCGGGCGAGGCAUACAAGUCGACGGACGGUUACAAGAGCGGAAAUGGGAGCCGGUCAACUGGAAGAGGCAAUACAAGAUCCGAUACAACUGGUCGAGGGGCAAAUGCGCGGUUGAAGAGCUCAGGAUAGGAGGUACGGGGGACACGCAAGAGGGAAAUCAACAACAGCAAGAGCGCAAGGUGCUCGUCAAAGUGGUGGAGGGAAUCGCAAUUACCGCGGAUAAGGUGUCGGGUUUGCGCGCAUGGGAUCUGAAGAGCAGACAUCUGUUGGCCCAAGUGAGUCUCUGCGAGGAUGGACUGGAUUCUACGCCGAGCUGUAUUGCGGUUGACGACAGCGAGUUGGACCACGGGAUAUUGGAUGUGGGGGUAGGGUUCGUAGAUGGGAGUUUUGGGGUUUGGAGGCUAUUCGGUGGUGGCGAGAACCGUCUCGUAAGGCGGUACAAACACGAAAAGUCGAGCAAUGGGGAAAUCGUUGCGAUGGCGUUGUCGUAUCCAUACCUGUUGACGGCCACGGCAGCGGUGCUGGUAUCGCUUUACACUUUCGAGGUACCAGAGCAACUACCGGCAGAGCAACCGACUGAGGUUUCGAGGACGGACAGCGAGACGAAAACGACGGCGAAAGCGAGUGGCUCAGUGGAAGAGAAGUCGAGUACCUCUGAGAACGACACCGAUACUCUGCCAGCGCCAUAUUUACUCACAUCCCUCAACUCCUACUCAUCGAGACCUCCUCUUGCACUAUCCAUACGAAAAAUGGCCUUAACAACCGUCGCUUCAAUAGCUUACACCUUUUCCACCCGACGGGGCUGGUCCAUCGGUCUUCAGGACAUGCACAUUCGGGCCCCAACUACAGGUGUCAAGUCCGCCCCCGAAAUCACUACCACAAAAACAGCAUACACAAUGCCGUUAGACACAGGCAGUGGGCUGCAGGCAACACCAGCAACACCUCUACACGAAAUAGUUGCCAGGUCUCGGGAACAAGACAGCCCAUCCUCACGAUCCCGUCCAGACACGGUCGGGCCUACGACGCUCUGCUACACCCACCCCUAUCUCCUAGCUACUCUACCUGACAACACGCUCGUGCUGCAUAUGUGCACAUCUACCGCCUCCUCGCUGUCCAUCUCUCGCGGCAUCCGGCUAUGGGGCCACACGUCGGGAAUCAGCAACGCCGAGAUAACGGCGCGGGGGAAGGCCGUCAGCGUCAGCUCGCGAGGCGAAGAGAUGCGUGUGUGGGAGCUUGAAGGGCGGUCGAAUGGGGUUGGCAGUCGGAGCAUAGAGAUCAAACCGGGUCAGGCCUCAAAUAAAAGCGGUUUCGUCCCCACUAACCGCCUUGCAGUAGACAACCAAGAUUUGGAAUACGAUUGGGAUGAACGGAGGAACUGGGUUGGAUUCGACGAUGAGAUGGUCAUCGUGCUGAAGGAGAAGAGGGGUGGGGGCGAGAGUCUGAUGGUUUAUGACUUUACUUGAGUUGAUAACGACCGUGUUCGACAUGAACGCCGACAUACUUCUUGCCUAACAAUUGUCAUUCUCUGAAGGUCACUUCAUAGCUGAUGGGGGGUUAAAGGGCUUCACUUUCCGGCCGGUGGUGAACCUACGGGAAACUCUGGUCGACCUUUAAUCGCACUCAAACACCAAG